AUGCGUGUCAGGACUCUACGGUCUCUGGCCAUUGGCACUGCGGCAUUGCUGUGUGGCAGGUCACUUGCUGCAGAUGUCAAGAAAGCAGUGUUUGCUCACUACAUGGUUGGAGUUAUCCACGAAGACCAUGUUCAUCAGGAUGUCGACGAUGCAGUCGCCAUGGGCUUGGACGGCUUUGCUCUGAACAUUGGAGACCCGUCUACCCAGUUCACUCGCGAUGUGUUCAACAACAUGUUCGACUACACUCGUGACAACCACCCCAACUUCAAGCUGUUCAUCAGCAUGGACCUGUGGUCUAACAACGACACAAUAAACUUCGACGGCUACUUCACCGACUUCCUCGGCCACGACGCCUACUACAAGGGCCCCAACGGCUACCCGUUCGUGAGCACCUACGGCAACGGCGGCUUCUCCGAAAAGGUCUGGAAGAACUGGCGCAACCGCUGGGGCGACAAGGUCUACUUCGUCCCGGACUUCGCCGGCAUGAUCGGCGAGGGCAACCAAACCGCGAGCUGGUGGAAGAAGUGGGACGACGUCAUCGACGGCCUCUUCAACUGGGAGGCCGCCUGGCCGGAGCGCGGCCUGUCCACGACGCCCAGCAUCGCCGCCGACAAGGUCCAAAUCGACUCGACCAACUCGCAAAACAAGACGUACAUGAUCGGCCUCAGCAUGCUCCAGUACAAAAACUCGUACGGCGCCAACAUCUACCGCGCCGGCGAAGAAAACCUCUCCUGGCGCAUCCACAACAUCCUCAACAUGACCUCCACGCCCGCCUUCGCCCAACUCCUCACCUGGAACGACGGGCCCGAGUCGCACUACGUCGGCACCAUCUGGCCCGAGAUGAACAACGACACGGACCCGGACCGCUACGCCACCCAGGAAGCCGCCCCGCACAACGCCAUCCGCCCCGUCCUCGCCUCCUUCAUCGCCGCCUUCAAAGCCGGCCUCGGCGCCGCCGACAUGCAGCCCUACGGCGAUUCCGACGCCGACAAGGCCGCCGUCGGCGCGCUGUGGUACAAGCCCAUCACCGCCGCGACGGAGUGCGCGAACGAGGACUCGGGCGAGCUGCAUGACGAGAAGCCGGAUGGGUACGAGGUCGCGGCGGACGUCGCGGCGUGGGCGGUCGUCGUGCAUGCGGAUGCGGGGGAGGGGCAUACGCUGCGUGGGUUUAGUGGUGGGGAGAAGGUUGGCGAGGUGGAUCUCGUGCCGGGCUUCAACUUUGGCAACUUCAGUGCGUUGCGCGAGGGCGCGCAGUGCAUGGAGGUCAGGGAUAAGGAUAGCAAUCUCGUUGCUGUCGCGCGCGGUGGCGGCGAGGUGACGAGCGAUUGCCCCGAUGGCAUCUACAACCUUAAUCCCCAGGUGGUCGGCUUGUCAGAUGAUCUGAGCGAUGGUGGGUGCGCGGGUAAGGAGGAUGAUGGGGGCGCUGAUGAUAGCAGCAGCAAUGACGACGAUGAGAGCUGGGGCAUCAAGGGCGCGGCGUUGGAUCGCGUUUGCUUGGUGUCUGCGCUGGUGGUGUCGUUUGUGUGGGUCACGGGCUUGGUGGGCUUGUGA